AUGCGCGAGAAAGAUUCCGUUCCCCAUAGCCGUUCCACCAGCUGCUGCGAAAGUAUCACCCACCGCAACCAACUACUACCCGUUCCUUCGUCCGAGUCGGCGCUACCACAUCUCACAUUCUACUAUCAGAACACACACGGAUUGCGCAGCAAGAUUUCAGAUUUUGCACUGGAGGUUUGUGACUCGCCAUACGACUGCAUUGUUUUAACCGAGUCAUGGCUUGACUCGCAAAUCAAUUCUGCUGAGCUGUUUGGGACUGAGUACACUGUGUAUCGGUGCGACCGUACUUCAAAGAAUAGCACCAAAGCAAGGGGCGGCGGAGUGGUCAUCGCUGUUCGACGUUCAUUGUCGUCUGCUUUGUUAGUCGAAGCAAUGGAUGAAUCGCUAGAACAGUUAUGGGUAACAAUGAAUAUCAAUGAUUCGAAAGUUGUAAUCGGCGCUAUUUAUAUUCCACCUAAUUUGCGAAACGAAGUGGAUAUAUUAGAUCGUCACAUCUUGUCACUUGAAAGAGCUGUUAAUUCGAUGGAUAUCAACGACGAUUUACUUUUAUUCGGCGAUUACAACCGUCCUGGUUUAUCGUGGUCGGCUCAUCCACAAGCUGGUUAUCUCUUUGUCGACGCUCUACGCUCAUCAAUGAAUGCAGGCAGUGCUUGUUUGUUGGAUGGUAUGGCUUUGCAUAGCAUGUAUCAAAUCAAUAAUGUAUGCAACCAGAAUGGACGAUUUCUGGAUUUGAUUUUUGCGAAUCAGCAAGCGUUAUCAGCUUGCUCGGUCACGACUGCACUUGUUUCCCUCAGUAACAUCGACAUACAUCAUCCACCGUUGAUAGUUACAUUCAACAGGCCAAUCAAAGCUCAUUUCAUUGAAGAAUUCGAUUCUAACAGUUUUGACUUUCGGCGUGGCAACUAUGAUGCAAUCAACUCAGCUUUGAGAGAAUUCGAUUGGGCGACUAUCCAUGCGUGCAGUGACCGAAUCACAACGCCAGCUCGUAUUCUGGCGGCACGAACAGGAGCGACUCAGUUCCAGGAAUAUACUGAUAAGGAAGUAAACGAUGAACAGCAACAGAAAAGAUUUCAGAAGCGGUUAAUACUUGACAGCGCUAACGUCGAUUUCGAAAACUACCAGGGCGUUGUUGGCCGGCCUGGAAUUGAUUUCCCAAUAUUAACUGGGAUUCCGAAUACAAACUUUAAUUGUCGACAAUAUGGCAAUGGAUAUUUUGCCGAUCUGGACACGAAAUGUCAGGCUUUCCACAUAUGUGAUGAAGGUAAAAAGAUAUCAUUUUUGUGUCCGAAUGGUACUAUAUUCCGUCAGCUCGAUCUAAUCUGUGACUGGUGGUUCAAGGUUGAUUGCGCAGCAGCACCCAAUCAUUAUGCGGAAAGUUCAGAAAUGCUGACCCAAGCACAGCGGGCUAGAAUUCAAAGCAAACAUCCAAUUCCUCAGCCAAUAAAAUCCCCCGAGCAAUUUUCUUUAAACGUGCAACGUAAGCACGCGCUUUUGAACAAUCCGUUUGGGCCUAAUUAUGAUGCAAUCACCUUCAAUCGCCGAAUGGAUACUAGUAUCGAACAAUCAGAUGAAAGCAUAGACUUUGUGGAUAUUUCAUUGAAACGAAAUAACGUUAGAAGAACAAAUAAAAACUCCAAAUCAGAGAGAUCAAGCUCGGAAGAAUCUCAAACUGCAGCUGAAACUGCGUCAUUUUUCCGUACCGGAAAAAAUCUUGAUGGAUAUAGUUAUCCGUCCCCUAUGAAAAUAAUUGAGGGAGCUGGAAGUCAUGGCUAUAGUUACGAUAAACCUAUCAAAUUCAUAGACAAGAAUGACAAACGAGAGGAACAAUCUCGUUCUGCUAAAGUUUUGAAUAAUAAUGGAGAUACAUUCGGUUCCAAAAAUUCAUUCAAUUUUAAUGCUAAACCAUUUAUCACAAAAACAACUGACAGCCCACCAACAUCGACAACUACUAGGCAACAAACUAUAAAAGCAACGACCGCUACUUCAGGGAAUCGUGGAAGUACAACGCAUCAAACCAGCACGUUAAACCAGAAAGCAGCUGAACGCAAACCGCAAAUGAGCUUUGAACCUAGAAGUUCAAAAAUACCUCAGACCCCCCCUCAAGACAACUUAAAUUUUCCAGCUUACACAACGGCAAGAAAGCCAAAUACAAAAGCCAAGGAUAAGCCAUUUUAUACGCCUACCAUUCCAACGAUACUCAAUAGAGCUUUACCGGAAAGUACAACGCCAGUAAUUCCGACAGCAGCGUCGCAGUCAGGUGCAGUAGAACACGCUAUUGAAAUGAUGAAAACCCUUCAGAAAUUGGAAAUGUCAGAAGCCGCAUUAGAGAGUCGACCCGGAGUAGAAGUCCCACCAUCUUCUGGACCAAACGCACUGCACUCGCUAGCUCUUUAUUUCGCGAACGAUUCGGAAAAUAAUACGGCAGCAACUGUCACUACCCCUGUCACUACACAUCAUCAAACAGAACGUGUGGAAACGGACAAUAAUCGUAAUCCUGUGAGUGCGAAACUAUUCAGUCAAAAAACUAUUGACAAAUAUCAGCAAUUAUUCGAUGUUAAAGAUCCUAGCACAACCACAGAGAGUUUAGAAUUCGAAACACGCAUUGAAGAUGAUAAUAAUAAUGAUUUAGAGGGGCAAUUUUCUAGGCAUCCAAUAUUUGGUGCCUCCGGCUCGCCUCAAAUUCGAGAAUUGGCACAGGUUUUUACACAUGCGCUGUCAGCAUAUUUGCAAGAUCCUGAAUCUUUUCGUCGCAUUCUAUCGGAAAUAAGACCCAAAGAACCUGUCUACUCCGGAUUUUCUAAUCAGAUCGAUAAUAGAAUUAACCAGAACGAAGAUAUAUUUACUGAUGAAGCUGGAUACUAUUCCUCGCAACAGCAAGCCACCCCUUCGCCACGGACAGCUGUGACGGAUGAUUUAGAAGUUCUUGAUUUCUCAGAUUUCGUACCAUCAACGACAGCUAAAACGGAAGCACACACCACCAGUGCUGAAACUACAACAGAGACUCCAUUUACAACAACAUCUACGUUGGGGAUACAACCUGCAAUGACAUCUAAACUUGGUGACAGCAAAAAGAGACCUUCAGUUUCUAAUCUUAUAUCUGACAGUCUGGAAAAAAAUGCGCUUAAUUAUAAAGAACGCCAACCUAAAGCGCUAGAAUCGACUCUUAAAACGGACAAUAAAAACGAGUUGGCUGAUGAAGUAAAUGAAGAAUUGGGAACUUUGAAACCACCAGCAUUCAAAGUUGUAGAAAGUAUUGAGGAUACGGAUGAAAAAACCGGCAGUUCCAGCUAUUUUCCAUUGCAUGAACAAUUCAAAAAACAUUCCACUCCGGAUCCAUAUGGCAAAGAUGUCAAACCAGCCAAUAGCACACCAAUUACAGACACAUACCCCACUGCACUCUCUGACACUCAAGCUGUUCCACUUCGUUGGGGACAAGAUAUUGCCGUUGUAACAACGACAACUGACUCCACUCCAACGGUUUAUUUCGAUUUACUUCCACCACACAAUCAAAAGCUUAGGCAACCUAGCUCAAUUUUUCAGCCCCCAGAUCAUGAUUUGUUAGAAGAUGACGAACAAUUACAGCGAGCUCAAAGUCAAUCGAUAGUCGCAAAUCGUAAUCAAAUUGAUACAAGCAAACAAGCUAAAACUAUAUACAGCUUUCUAAAUUUGGAGAAAGAACUGCAGACAAGUGGCAAAAAUAUUACUGCAAGUUUUAAUGCCACAAUGACCUCUACGCCAAAUGCUCUUAAAGGCCAUUAUAUCACAAGAAAAUUUCCCAGUGACAACCAAGUUGAAGUUACAACUCUCUUUCCAAACUAUGCUACGUCAUCUAUUCCAGAUGUAGGUAAAAUAACUCCUAACUCAAAAACAACUCUUUCGUAUACUGUAUUUCUUGAUCCACUUACUAUUAAUGACGGGUUAAUGCAUUCCCAAGAGGAAGAGAAAACAACUAUAUUGAAUGCCCAUACUUAUCUUCCAAGAAACCAAAAAACCUCUACGAGGUCCAUAGUUGCUUCUACCACCCCGUCUUCUGGUAGUAUUACAAAUAAUUUUUCCACAAGACACGGGAAAAGUAAUAUCCAAAGUAAGGUAGGUAACGAAGAAUCAAAUGAACUGAUAGAGACUAUGCAGCGAAAGGCGAACCAAAUGUUCGGUGAUCUGAAUGAUUCUGAAGCAGACCAUUUGAUGAAUGUAAUGAAAACGGCAGAAACAAACAAAUCUGUCCGAAGACUGAUUCUACUCCUGAUUCAAACUUGUGACGACGACUAUAAUAAAACCGUAGAAGAAUCCAGAAGAGCAUUGCUUAAUGCACUCAUUAACAUGGAUAGUACAGAGAAUGAUAGCAGUGAAAUAAGAAUUGUUACCUCCGCAUCGCAUAAGAGAAGAGAUCUUAAUAAAACAUCCACUAGGACUACAACAACACUUCCGCUAACCACGUAUCAGAAUUUGCAGUUUGAAAAAUUUAUUGGUACAACAGCAGGCAGAGAGUCGAAACAAUUGGAGAAUCUCGAAACAACUACAUUAGCAUAUGAAGAUACCAAGUCCACAAACCUUGAUUUGUCUUUUGAAGCAUCUACAAAAUUCAUCGAGCAACGAUUCAACAGUGAUGAAUCGGAUUCUGUCACAUCAACAAGUUUCUUUCCAGAUCAAUACACAACAACUAGCCUCCCGACGACGACAAUCGAUUAUGAAACUACAACAGCGGCACUGACUACGACCGACAUACCAACGACAACUGUUAUUUCUACUGUUGUAACUAAUAGACCACCAGUUGAACAUACCACUCCAGUGCUACAAAGAGCCUUCCGAACGAGAGUCACUACUAGCAAUCGGGUACAAAAGAGUUUAGGAACAGCAGAAGAGUUUGUUGCGGAAUCCAACAACAGUUACUCGAACCACCACUCGGACACAAGGGCUCUGGAACUGCUCAGAUCAUUAUAUUCACUGGCAUCGCGAUGGGGCUAA